AUGAGUAAGAAAUAUAGGUCAAUUUUGUGCCAAGAUUCAGUCGAACCUGACCAUGAACUGCUGGUAUGGGAAAAAUGGAUAAAAAUUAGAAAAGAUGAAACGGGGCAUUUAGCCUAUAAAACGGGUAGAACAACUGGAGAAUUGGCAAUGAAUCUUUGCGAAAAAGUCCGGGAGAAAAAGGAAGAAAAAAUUGUAUUAGAGAAUGCCCAGAUUAAGCAAAAGGUGGGCGUGAGAGGUGCGUUAUGGGACCAACCUGACAGGCUAAAGCAACAAUUUUUUGGUCAGCCUGUGUAUGAACUACAAAGAACUAGAGUUGAACUAGGUAAUCCAAAAAUAAUUCAGCAUAUUGGUGUUCCAAAACACAUACAAGAAACGGAAAAAGGCAUAUUAGGUUCUCAGAGAAAAUUAUUUACAAAGUUAGAUGCGGAAUACGAGAGCUAUAAGAAAAAAAGAGAAAAAGAUUUAACGAAAAUAAUAAAGAAAAUUGAUCCGUACAGAUCUGAUUUACAGGAGUUGAUAGUUAUUGGCAGUAAACCUAAACCACCCCCAAAAGAACUCCCACCACUACCAAACAUAAUAUUAUCAUCUGACGAAAUCUCUGAAGAAGUACUAUGUACAGUUUAUGCAGUCAGAAUAAAUGAUACGAUACUUUUUAAAGAAAUACCUCAUCAAACUCUUAAACAUCUAGAAAAACUCAAAAAUGAUUACGGCCGUGAUAAAUGUAACUCUUGGUCUUAUUAUUUUAACUGUCCUGUAAGUAGAGUUGGAAGAAGUACACUUUUUCUACAAAAUCUCGGUACUGUAUCACUCAGAUAUUGUUGGAAAAAGAUUACACGAGCAAACGCAGAUGACUCACCUACUCAGGUUUUCUUUUUUAAUAAAAAUGAAAAUGUUAUUUGUCCUGGACAGUCACAAGAAGUGUAUUUCACUUUCAUGUCCAAUACUCCUGGUACUUACGAAGAAAGCUGGGAGUUAGUAUUUUUGAAUAUUUGUUUUUUUGAUUCACUUGAAAAUCAACUUAUUUUAAAUUUUUAUGCUGAUUCCGUAGAAAAUCUAGCAAAAAUUAAAAAGAAAACAGCAAAGUUGGAAAACCUCAUUUAUGCGAAUGUACUCAUAAACAUUGCAAGAGAUUUGCUUGCAGAAAUUAUACUGAAAGCUACCAGUAUUGAACCACAAAUUUAUCCUUACGACAAAAUUAUUUUGGAGGCUGAUAUUUUUGUUAUGAAAAACCCUGCAUGUUUUUAUCACCAGACGGAAGUUAUGAAAAUGAAAGAUAUGUACACAGAAAUGAUCCCGGGAGAACUUUGGGAUCUGUCAAUUAAUAGUUGGCGUACCGCAAUGAUGAAUAAGGAAUUCAAUGAGAGAAUGAAAUAUUACGAGUAUUUGCGGCUUGCACAUAGAGAAUGCUUAAAGCCGUGGUAUGAAAAUAGGGAUCUACUUACAGAGAAGUAUAUAGCAGUUAACCAAAUUUUAGGACGAUUAGCUGAUAAGUUAGAUGAAGAAUAUUGUCGUAUUACUGAAAUGUAUUUCGAUAUAGAUCUAGAGCCAACAGUGAGUUCUACUUCUCAGCGAGAGAAGUUAUUGUUUUAUUCCAGUUCCUCUAUUGUUCAUCACAUACUUUACUUACGCACACAUGAGUAUCUUGGAAUUGCUACAGAAUUAUGUGCUGGUGUGCUAAGCAGUUUAGAUUUGAAUCGAUGGGUUAAAUUUGAUUUUUGUAAAACCUAA